UCGUCAACAUUGUUGCCCUGCACUACCUUAUCAUAGUGUCAGCAAGUUUAACCUCUUUCUGAUGUUGUCGGGCUAUUUUCAGAGAUUUCACAGAGAGAUUACUAUGAGCUAAUCAUGUGCCUUUACUAAUAAGCACCAACACUCUGUUGGGCGGAUGGCGGGCUUUUCACUGGAGGAAAUCCAAUUGAUUACUUAAAAACAGUCACACCCAUUUUAAAGCACACAUAAAAUACCCUGUUAACAAUAGCCUAUAUGCACAGUCGGGCAGGAGCAGCAAAUACACCUCUCUGACACAGUGACAGACACUUUCCAAAUUUUUUUUUCUUAAGGAGAUUAUCACUUGGUUGACUUGGAGAAGUGUAACAAGAUUUCAACUGGGAAAAAUGGGAAACGAGAAUUCCAAAAGCAAAGAGCUAACCCAGAAUGGGAAAAUUCCUGAGAAGCAUGAAAAUGGAUCAGUGAAUGGCAUCACUGAAAGCAUCACAUCUAAUGGGCUGGAGAUUGGUAUUAAUGGUGAGACGGUAGUCCAGAAAAAUGGCGGGCCCCUCAAUUUAAACCUUGCCACAGAAUCGACUGAGCGUGAAUAUGUGAUAGUUGAAUCCGACAGUAAACAUGUGGAUGCUCCAGUUAUUACUGAAAUCCUUGAAGCCGACGUCCAGAAGGAAGAGGUCAAGAAAAGUAAAGGAGAAAAAGCUCCUCUGUUUGGCAAAAUGUUCAAAAAGAAAGCAGAACCCCCAGCCGAUGUUGAGAGCGUUAAAGAAAAUGAGACCUCAAAUGAAGAUCAAACGGAUGUAAGUGUCCCUGCCACUGAUGCACAGCCGGAGUCUGGCUCAAGUGGAGACAAAGCUGCUACCGUGAUCAUCGCUGAGCAACAAAAAGCUGAAAUAUCAACGCAGACGGAAAGAAAAACUGAAACAGAUAUUUCAACGCAAACCGGCUAUGAUGAUGACGUUACAACCACUAAUACUCAGUGCCCAGUGGAAGAGGUAUUCGUGAUGGAGGCAGCAGCAACUGAAGAAGAUUUACUGAAUGAAUCUGCUGUUGUCAUUGCUGAAGAGGUUGUGGAAGAGACUGCCAAUGAAGAACCUUUAGACAACCAGACAUCUGGGAUCAUCAGCGAAGAGGUGUUCAUCAUGGAGACCAGUGUGUAUGAGAAUUUAGUGUUCAGAGCGGAGCGGGUGGAAGUUAUUGACAAUUUUGAAAUCAGCUACAUCAAAAACUGCGUUCCCGGGGGAGAAAACGUUAAAGAAACGGAGCCAGAGAUUGCUGCAGAACCAGAAUGUGACCCAAACAAAUCCAUCAUAGACGGUGGAGUAGUUGCAGAGAAAACUGUGCCAUUGGAGGUCCAUUUCAGCCUUCCCAAAGUAGUGGCGGAUUGUAUUGAGGUGGUUUUCACUACUGUUCCUGAAUCUACCGACUUUGUUGCUGUAAACACGCCGGACCCAAGUGUAGAUAAAGUAAUUACUGAAGACCAUAGUGAAGGAGCCAGAGACAUGUCACCUGAUGUAGUGCUGAUUGAAACUGCUAAACCUGAGUCUAAUGCUGUCACUCCCGAGGCCAGGGAAACACAUGGCAUUCCUUUCCUAGACAAAAAACCUGUGACUGUGGUGAUGGAAACAAUCUCAGUUCAUGUUCAUGAGGAGCCAAAUCCAACACCUGCAUACCAAGACAUGCCUGUAGAAGAACCUUUCUGUCCCUCCUGUGACAGAAGUUACAGUCAAGGUGGAAUCUGCCCAUGAAGAGGUCACCGCUGAUGAUGCUGUUGCCGUCCAGGAUGUAGCAGGAAUAAGUGAAGAAAUGAUCAUUGUGGAGGCUCCUUCCAGUGAGCUUAUCACCAUUGAGGAACUAAUUGAAGAUACUUUAAAUUUCCCUGAUGAUGAAGUCAAGCCUGAAGACGUUAUUACUACAGAUGAGAAAGCUGAGGUUAGUGAAGAUGUGAGAGCUGAUGUUGGACCAGAAACCGUUAAAGAAGCAGAACCAAGUCCCGUCAUUGUCAAGGACGAUGCUGAGGUAAUACCAGAGGCAGCAAUUAAGGCCCUCUCUCAAGAAUUGGAACUUAGUGUCAUCACUCCUCAAGAGCCUGCAGUGGAUAACGGCAUCCUACUGGGAGAAGAGGUCAUCUCUGCAACAACUUUUGUACCCCUUUCUGGAGAUCGAGAAGCAAGUCUUACUAUAGCAGAGGAGCCAAUUAAGACACUGGCAGAGGAGAUGAAUGAAGAAGUCAUAGAGGCUUUAUUAAACGAAUUUGAUGUACCACCAAUGGACACAACAAGGGAGCGGGUGGAAGUCACUAACAUUUUUGAAAUCAGCCACAUCAAAAACUGCGUUCCCGAGGGAGAAAACGUUAAAGAAACGGAGCCAGAGAUUGCCGCAAAACCAGAAUGUGACCCAAACAAAUCCAUCAUAGACGGUGAAAUAGUCGCAGAGGAAAUUGUGCCAUUGGAGUUCUCUUUCAGCCUUCCGAAAGUGGUGGCAGAUUGUAUUGAGGUGGUUUUCGCAGCUGUUUCUGAAUCCACCGACUUUGCUGAUGUAAACACGUCAGCCCAAAGUGUAGAUGAAGUAAUUACUGAAGACCAUGAUGACGGAGCACGAGACAUGUCAGCUGAUGUAGUGCUGAUUGAAAUCGCUGAACCUGAGGCACUGGCUGAGGAGAUGAAUAAAGAAGCCAUAAAGACUUUAUUAAAGGAAUUUGAUGUACCACCAAUGGGUGCUACAGAAGAGUCUGAGUCUUGCGUUUUUGUCCAAGAGGAACUUGUCGAGGAGAAUGUCGUCCCAUCUGAAGAGCUGUUGGAAGAUUCUAAUAAAGGAACAGCUGUGGUCGCUGUGAAAGAACCAACUGAUUUCAAUCCUGUCAUUUCUGAGGAGCCUGUGGAGGAGAGUGCAAGCCUUCUUGAGCCACUGGUGCUGGUGGUAAUCCUUGAGACACGUGAGGAUGAAGAUACAGAAGACACACAUGAAACACAUAAUUAUAGAGACGUUUUAGUUGCCAUUGAGGAGAACUCUGAAGAUUGUCAAAUUGACACUUCAUAUGAGGCUGUGGCAGAGUGUGUUCAAGUUGUUCUCGAGACCAUUGUAGAAGAAAACAUCACGGUAGAUGUUGCGACUGGAUGUGACCUUGUGACUUCAGAGUUGGUAGCUCCAGAGAUCAUCGCAGAGGGAGAGCAGGAAGAGCACGAAUCAAAUGUGAACUCAACAGAUUCAACGCAAAGUGCAGAAAUUAUUGAAGACAUGGAAGCUUUACUUGUUAGGCUGCAGUCAGCUUGUACAUCAGUUGUUCUAGAAUCAGCAUAUAGGCUUGGGGGGUUAAAUAUCUCUUCGCUGGGAUACAGUAUUAAUGUCACCAUUCACGUGACUCCAAAGACAGAACAGCAGUAAAAUGUGGAAUGAACAUUGUUUUUGUUUCUAAAAUAUAUUGGUCUACCUCUUUAGGAUAUCAUGUGUUUAAUGGUAUGCGUUAGUAGUUGCAAUUGGAUUGAAACAUUAUGUGUGUUUUAUAAUAAUGCAAAGUGCCUCUGUUUGUAUAUAUCAUCACCACAAAGCUCACAUUGUAAAGUAUUGAAACAUUUUCCAAUAAAAUGACAAAUGAAAACACUACAAAAUGUCUUCAUGAUUUUGCACAUAUUUCUGCUCAGUGUUUAGUAGAGAAUAAAAAAAGAAUAUGACAUUUUAAUCCGGCCACACUGAAGAAAAAACGAAAUGAACAGAUUCACUAAAAUGAUCCAAAAACCAUACUCAUACUCACCAUCAAGACACAGCAAGGUAUUUGAGUUUCCUGACAUUUCUCAGGGCAUAACUCUCACACAUUGUUGAAUAUCAAUGAGUGAGGGGUGGGACACACACAUUAAUAAAAGGGUGAUUGUUGACAAUGCCCCGAGUAGGCAGAGGCAUGGUUGGAAUUGUGCUCCCAUCUCAAUGCUGCGAUUAAGACACUCACUGCUUGCAUAUCAGCUCCGCUGCUCUAACAUAAUUCUCAAAGGCCAAUUCUUUGUGAUGGUGUAUAGGAGACAGCUAACCUAAAGCAAGAAUCUGAAUCAUUAACGGAGCCAAAAAGUGUGACUCUAGACCCGGGUCCAGAGGAAGAAAAAGCUCCUGAAACUGACAACGGAAACAGUCAGCCUGUGGAAAACCAAGAAGACAGUAACCCA